UUUCUAGAACAGAAACAUUACCGAACAAACCCUUGCACUGUGUUAAGAGUAACUCGUACUCGGAAAAUCUAAACAGAGAUCGGCGAUUGUAUCUUCAACGGAGAAAAGAGAUUUAGGUAAGCGCCAUGAAAGGCCUUCUUAUUCUCUUCUGUCUUGUUCUCCCUCUGUGUGGUUUUACAGCUACAAGAGCUGAAGUGAUAACGCUAACAGCGGAUACCUUCUCCGACAAGGUGAAGGAGAAGGAUAUUGUGUGGUUUGUGCAAUUCUGUGUUCCUUGGUGUAAACAUUGCAAGAAUUUGGGUUCAUUGUGGGAGGGCCUAGGAAGGGCCAUGGAAGGGGAAGAUGCAAUAGAGAUAGGACAAGUUGACUGCUCCACAAGCAAACCAGUUUGUACCAAAGUGGACAUCCAUUCAUAUCCUACAUUCAAGCUCUUUUAUGAUGGAGAAGAAGUUGCAAAAUAUCAGGGCUCUAGGGAUGUUGAGUCUCUGAAAACAUUUGUGUUAGAAGCAGCGGAGAAAGCACAGCUGGAUAGUGAUAAAGAGUUGUAAUGAUCUGCAAGAAUUCCUGCUGGACCAAGGAGUGCCUGUAUUCCUCUUCUAUGGAAAUGUAUCUUUCAAGGUGUGUCGGCAACUUUAACCUGGAUGAGAGAGACAAGGACGAUCAAACUGACACUUCGAUUUGUUAUGCCUGACAAAGAUUACCAGAUUGUAACUUGACCAGUUCGUAAGCAACAUACAAUUAGAGAGGGUUAUGUUUCAGCAUCAGCAGAGACUUCAAUGCUCAUUUUUACAUGUGACUAACAUGUAUUUGACAGGUCAGAUUGACUUCAUUGAGUGUCAAUCUUAUACGCUUGCCCAAUUUUCUUAUAUUAAGCGCUAAGUAUUGUUGGAAAGCUUCAA